CGCGAAAAACAAACCAACGGCCCCCUCUCUCCUCCCCUCACCUGUUGAUUUACCGUCCACUUACCUGUGAUUUGAAUUGAACUGUGCUUCCAGGUGUAACAUAUUAGCCAUAUAAACACCUAGUCCACCUGCCAGCACCUAAGUGACACGGUAAAACUCUUUAACCUCUGUGAAAUAUCAGUUCGAAGAGGCAACACUACGGAUCCAUUGACUUCAUUUCUAUGGCUACAGAGUGCAGUGAAGAUCCAACUCUCCAGUGCCAUUUCAAGGGCCAUCGGGACUUGGUGACAGCACUGCACUUCCACCCUAAUGGCACUCAGCUGGUGUCCUCCUCCCUUGACCAGACACUCAUGCUGUGGAACUUCCGCCAGCACCACCGAGCAUACAGGUUCAUUGGCCACACAGACACUGUCAAUGAUGUCCGCUUCUCACCCAGUGGCAACCUUAUGGCCUCAGCAUCCCGGGAUCGCACUGUUCGUCUCUGGAUCCCAAACAUUAGAGGUGAUUCAACAACGUUCCGAGCCCACCAGUGCAAUGUACGGACUGUGGACUUUUCUCCAGAUGGCCAACAGCUUGUGUCUGGCUCUGACGACAAAUCCAUCAAAAUCUGGACUGUACACAGGCACAAGUUUGUUUGCUCUCUUACCACGCACACUAACUGGGUGCGCUGUGUGAGGUUUUCACCAGACGGCCGGAUGCUGGUGUCCUGUGCUGAUGACAAGACAGUCCAGCUGCAUGACACCCUCAAUGCCACGAUGCUGUACUCCUUCCCUGAACUCAAGAGCUCCUGCACCUAUGUGGCCUUCCAUCCCUCGGGCUCCUGCAUCGCCUCUGCUAGCAAGGAGGGGGCUGUUAAGGUGUACGACAUCCGGACACGCAAAUUACUGCAACAUUAUGACUUCCAUGAAGAGCCAGCCACAUGCCUCUCCUUCCAUCCCUCAGGUCACAUCCUGGCAACCUGCUCAGCAGACAAAACUCUGAGGCUACUGGACCUGCUGGAAGGCCGCCCCAUAUACACUCUGCAUGGCCACCAGGGCCCCGUCACCUGCUGCUGCUUCUCUGAGAGUGGGGAGCAUUUUGCCUCAGGAAGCAAAGACAAACAGGUGAUGGUGUGGAAAGCUAACCUGAAGUCAGUGGAGCCCUGCGAGAACUUAGAAGUAGUAGAAGAGGAAGAAGGAAGAGCCUGCAGCCCACUGAAUGUAACAGCCCAGGUGCCUAUCAAUGGCCAAGAGGAGACAGAGGAGGAUGACGAUGCAGUGGUUGUGGAGGAGUGUGGUGACAGGGAGGAAGGGGAGCACCAGGAAAGGCCAAGAGUUGAUGCUCACUAUGACCAGAUGCAGAGAAAUGAGCCAAGGAAUAUGAGGGCAGAAGAUGACCUGCUGAGGAACACUCUGCAGAGAUUCGACACCACUUUGCAGCACCUUGCCUCCCAGAUGGACACCCUUACACAGACCUGCGUCAUCCUGGAACAGCGACUCUCACUCAUAGAGAAUAAGGUGGCGGAGGUGGCAUGCAACCAGCGGAAUGAGCCAUUAGAGAACAGAGGGGCUAGAGGGAACUGAAAGGGGCUCAUGGAUAAAAUAAGGUGGCAGAGAUGUCAUGUAACCAAUCUUUUUCUUCCUUCUCUUGACACCUUUUAACCUCUUACCCAUGUUCAUAUAGGGUCACUGUUUUGGGGUUGUGCCUCAAUGUUUAAGACCGGAUGCCCUUCCUUACCUCAUGCAGGGCCACUGGGGUUUGAACCACCUUGCCUUGACCUUCCAAGGCUUAAUGCUCUAACCCACUAGACCACUGCAAAUGUUAUAUAACUAAUAAAAGGGACAAUGAGUGGCCACUGAAGAAGAACAAUUGGUGGAAGCAGCAUGCAACUAGCAGUACAUGAGCUAAUGGACAACAGAGUGACUGGAGAGGCUGAAAAGGGGGACUUCAUGGAUAGAAUAUGGUGGCAGAAAUGUUAUGCAUCCAACAAAAUAGGGGGAAGGAUACCCAUUUAAAAAAAGUGAUGUGAAAAAAUAAGGUUGAGACUAGAAUACAUAGAUGAGGAUAGUGUGCCUCCAUGAUGCAGUGGUUGGUGUGCCUAGUUGUGAAUCAUGGUCCCAGGCUCAGAUUCCAGACCAGCAGUCGCAGUUGGUUCACAGCCCACCUAGCUGUUUAUCCUCUUUGGGGCUUUUUAAUAAGUGGGUACCUGGAGAAACCUGGAGAAGGUAAUUGUAGUAAUCUGAAUGUUACACUGUGGUGUGUGCCCUGGGAUAAUGGGUUAUUACCUAACUUAAGCUCAAGUACCAAUAAGGAGAUGAGCGAGGUUACACACAGCUUAACUUAUACAGCAAACUUUAUCUUUUAUAGUGACGGCCAAUAAAGGAGAACCAAAAAUA